AUGUCGCUGCUAGGUUUCGGUUUCUCGCCAGUAGUGGCCGUGUCCGCAUUCUUGGUAGUUCAUUGCUUGUAUUUCGCCGCUCUUGUUGUUUAUCGCCUGUGGUUUUCGCCGCUAGCCGGCUUUCCGGGACCCAAGCUUGCCGCCGCGACGGGCUGGUAUGAGUUCUACUACCAGUAUUGGCUCAAUGGCCAGUAUAUUUUCGAGAUCGAAAAGAUGCACAAGAAAUACGGCCCAAUCGUUCGAGUCAAUCCGGAAGAGCUUUCGAUUCACGAUCCAGAUUUCUACAACGAGAUAUAUGUCACAGAGAGCAAACGACGGACAAACCACUAUGACUCGUUUGGACAAGGAAUCGGUUUCGAUGGCUCACAUUUGUUUACCAGAGAGCACGACCUCCAUAGAGUGCGGAGAAAGCCUCUAGAGCCAUUCUUUUCCAAAAUGGGAGUUGCUCGCUUGCAGCCAAUGCUUGCCGAGGUGGCCUUGCAUCUGGAAUCUCGGAUCAGAGAGUAUUCGAGCACCAACAAAGUCAUCCGACUCGACCACGCAUUCUCCAGUUACGCCGGUGAUAUCAUUGCCAGGAUGUGCAUGGACGACGGUGAGAGCAGAAACCGCCUCUUAAGUGACCCAGAAUUUUCGGCCGACUGGUUUGACGAUAUCAUUACGAUUAUACGCUCUAUACCACUCUUCAUGGCAUUUCCCUGGAUUAUUCGAAUCCUAAGCACCAUACCUGAGUCCGUAUUGCUGUGGGUGUAUCCCCGUGGACAGGCAUUCAAAAACUUAAGCCAGAGAGCAAGAGACAACAUCCGCAAAGCUCUAGCAAGCAAAUCUAUCAAAGAUGAUAAUGUCACUUCUCUAUUUCAUUACGUUGCGCACAGCGACAUGCCCGAGUCAGAGAAAUCCGAGCAACGUCUCAUAGCGGAAGCUCAGUUACUCCUCGCAGGGGGCACUUUCACCAGUGGUCGCACAAUCGGAGUUGCGAGUUAUUAUAUUCUGUCUCGACCGGAGCUACGUCGUAAACUUGAGUCAGAGCUGAGAGGCCCAAUGUCGGCCUGGCCUGCGUCUGUCCCGACAUGGGCAGAGCUGGAAAGGCUAGUUCUCUUGCAGGCCAUCAUCAAGGAAUCAUUACGAAUCAGUUAUGGGGUAAUGCAUCGGCUACCACGGAUCUCACCCGAUUUACCGAUUCAAUACAAGCAGUAUACCAUUCCGGCUGGGGUUCCAGUGGGGAUGUCUGCAUAUUUGAUGCAUUCGGAUCCCACAGUAUAUGAAUCUCCCUUCGAAUUCAUUCCGGAGCGUUGGGUUGGCGACGUUGAUCCAGCAAUGAACCGGAACUACGUCCCCUUUGCAAGGGGUUCCAGAAACUGUCUGGGGCUCAACCUAGCAAUGGCCGAGAUAAGUCUCGCACUGGCUGUCCUUUUCCGCCCCGGUGGUCCCAAGCUUGAGCUUUUCGAGACGGACGAGAGUGAUGUGAAGCAGGCACAUGAUUUCGCGGUCUCGCUUCCAAAACUGGAUACAAAAGGCAUCCGGGCAUUCGUUCGUUGA